GCAGGUGUAAUGGAGCGUUGGCAGAACAAAGUGGCUGUGGUCAGCGGAGCUAGUGCUGGUAUUGGAGCGGCGUGCACUCGGGCCUUGCUCUCCGCCGGCAUGGUGGUCAUCGGCUUGGCGAGGCGACAGGAACGCGUUGAGCAGCUUCGAGAAGGCCUAAGAGCUCAAGAACAGAACCGUCUGCACGCCAUUAGAUGCGACGUGAAGGACGAAGAGCAGGUGUCGGAGACCUUUGAGUGGAUCCGGCGGCACUUGGGUGGUGUGGACGCACUGGUCAGUAACGCCGGAAUUAUAGCCCCUGGUGAGCUGAGUGGCCGGGACGACAGCGCGGCCAUGCGGUCCACUGUCGAGACGAACAUCAUGGGUACCGUGAACUGUGUUCGGGAGGCAUUCAACUCUAUGAGAGAGCGCGGCACUGAGGGUCACGUGGUAAUCAUAAAUAGCGUGGCAGGACAACAGGUGCCGAACUUGGGCCCAAUGCUGCCUUCUCUUAACAUCUACCCGGCCAGCAAGUUCGCCCUUCGCGCCAUGAACGAAAUCUAUCGUCAAGAGUUCCAGCGCCACAAGACCCUUGUGAGGGUGUCGUUGUCAUUGCAGACCAUUAGCCCGGGAAUGGUUGAUACCGACAUAUUGCCCCAAGAGAUCCAGGGUGUUGUUAAGCAGCACAUGCCCAUGCUACGUAGUGCCGACGUGGCAGAUGCAGUUCUGUGGACCAUCGGCACUCCGAGCAAUGUUCAGGUGCAUAAUAUAACCAUCAAGCCGCAAGGAGAAAAGUUUUAGAAUUAAUUGGCUAAAACUGAUCUUGCAUUUGGAAGCCACAAACCUUCGCAUUACUUGAAGUCUCUUAAUUAAAUAAAGGAGUAAAAAAUUAAACUUCCUUAUAAUUCACAAUGGCGUUCAUUAUUUUGUCAGAAAUUUGUUCGGAAUACCCGAAGUCUCUAAAAGUUUAUGCAAAGGAAAUGCGAU